AUGUUGGGCGAUCCAUCUGCGCCAACUACAUGGGUGAAAACGCCUCCAGCUCCGCCUUCAGAAGCUGUGGAAAGUCUCAAAUGGAAAGCGCUGGACAACGUUACGAUUCUGGUCGAAUGGGAUCCCGUGGAAACGGCUCACCAGUCAGGCGAUCAUUUGCGCUACCGUUUAUCCUGGUCGCUCGACAAGGAAGUUGAGCAGGACAACUCAUCCCAGGAACGCAAGUUCCUUGCGCAUCACAUCGGUGAGAACCGACACAAAACACCGCAGGCAAUCGUUCGUCUGAAUGCUACGGAAGAAUGUCGAAUGUUGGUGUUUUCGGUGAGGCCCGUCAAUGAUCAAGGAGUCGGAGCGACCAGUACGGACACGGUGGCGUUUGUGAACAGCAAAGGUGAACCACGACGAGUUCUGUUUACAAACGCCACCACCGUACUCAACUCAACGCACGCCUCAUUUUCAUGGGAUUGGGAAAAAACGAAUGAAUGCGGAAGGGCUCAUGCAGUUCAGCUCACGUGCACUCCACCAGAAGACGAUCCACUGACAGUGACCAUCUCUGGCGAGUUUUCGGAAUGGACGCUGGGAGGGUUGAGCGCCGAUACUAAAUACGAAUGUGUCUUUAGACCUCUAAACGCUGAGGUACAGGAAAGUGAGGCCGGCUACACGACUAUAAUCGAGUGGUCAGCAAUAGCGUUUCCCCAGGGGAAUUUCACGGAUGCCGCUAGUGGAUAUAAAAUUUUCGUAUACGUUUCUGAGACAGCUUCCGAAGCUGUCGUGCUGACGAUGCCACAUCAGUCGCCUCUCGAAUCCGGAUCGACCCAGAGCACGGUAGCCGGCUACAACUCUGGUGGCACAGCGUCCGCUUCAGUACAUCAUACGAUCAAGGACCCGACAACCCGCAAGUUCGAACUCGAUUUCCCAUCAACUAUGACUCGCAGCAUUCACUACGAGACUCGGAGCGCUUUUCUUGCUUUCAUUGUUGUUGCUCUGAUAAUUGUUAUUGACAAAAGUAUGCGCUUCGCAGCCAUUUGUUCGUGCUCAACUAAUAUUGAGGACCUAGUUCAAGCUACGCCUUUCGGCACUAGCAUGCGCAUUCCCGUUGUUUGUUGA